AUGGAGUCCCCUUAUAAGCAUCCUCUUGAGGUGUCCAAAGCAGUAGAAUUCGAGGAAAUUAAGAAACUACCUAAAUUCUCCCACUCACAUCUGGCUUGCAUCAACCCAGUUCACAGAAGUUCGCUAGGAGGAAGCCCUAUUCGUGAUCUGAAGAUAGGAGUGGCUGGGAGUCCCAUAAAAUAUCAUGAAAAGGAGAUUUUCCAAAAGAUUUUACCCGAUCAUUUAAUAAAGCCUCCUAUCGAAGUUCUCAGGCACUCCACCAGUAAGGAACGAUCUGCUGAGGAUAUCAUUCGCAAGAUUGAAUACCGUGAAGGUCGCAAACUCAACUCUAAAGAGACCAGAGAUAUUUUCGAAAAGCAGAGAAAAUAGAGAAGAAAAUCAUAAAAAGAAGGAACAGACCAAAAAUCAUUCUAAAACCUUCUUUAAAGAGUGUCAGUUGAGGCUUGAGGAGAUCAAAGCCAAAACGAAUAGCCCGAGGAACUCUAAAACUGCCAAGAGCAUUAUAGGAGUUCUCUUCAGCACCCAACUCAAAGGAAUGAAGAAGCUCUAUAAUGAGCUUAUGGGAUCAACUCCUCAGAAACUCACCAAGCAUAAAUUUCUAGAUUUUGCAAAGUUGGUCCUUAAAGGCAGCAAAUUAAUAGAUACAGACCUUAAGGAACUCUUCAAUUUAUACUGCAAAAAGAACAAGAAGAAGGAAAACGAACCGACGACCACAAAGGCAGCUCUUGCAAAGGGAGUAAUGAAAAAGUGGCUUCGCAAGAGUACAAUCAGUUCCAAAGAGUCGCCAUUUAGCUUUAACGACACCUUAAAUUCCAAGAAGAGCCAGGAAGGGAAAUUAGGAAGAAGCACGUCUCUGUUUAACAAAAGUAUGAGAAAGAACAGUGCUAAACCCAAAAAGAAAGAAACUCAGGAAGAGAAGAAGCUCAGCAUGGAGGCAUUAUCUACUGCAUAUGACGAGUACCUCAAGCAGGAGGAGAACCUCUCAGGGGUCCUCAACACUAAGACUCUGAACCUGAAGAACACUGAGCUUAAGGACAAGAUCAAUUACUGGAGACAACGGAAAGAUCUGAGAGAACUAACCACUCACAAGAUCAAUGAAAAAGAGCAAGAGAUUGAGGAAAUUACAGCAAAAUAUAGCAGAGAGAUUACUGUAGACAAAGAACUGCUUGAGCAAUGUAUAAAGGACUUUAGUGACCUUACUCGUGACAGGCAUGAAACUAUCAAACAAGAGAACUGUCUUAAUAACUUCCUCCUCGAGCUAAAAGAUUUCAAGCUCCUAGAGAUUAGAGACUUAAGGAAAUGAAUGGAGAAUCAUUUGACCAAAUUUUAUGAUGACUUCACUAUGCUCAACACCUUUGUCGAGAGAGUGUCCAGAGAAUGUGUACUAAAUCAAUUCUUCUUCUCUUUCUUUGACGUAGCUGACCUAGUGGUCAAGCUUGCUCCAUCCAAAAUAGAGUACUCAAAAAUGAUAGAUUUACUCAACAAGACUAAAGACGAAUACAUAAAGGAGAAAGCUGAAAUCUUACAAAAACAGAUGAAGCUCAAAGAAGCUCCUGAUGUUAAAAUCACCGAUGAGGAUCUUAUCCCUUUGGAGCUGCUCAGACAAACUUUACAAGGAAUUAAAGAUAAAUUCAACAAAGAAUGUCAUGCCAUCAACAGGUUUAUCCAUGAAUGCCAACAACAAGUUGACCACAAGAUCAAGCAGCUCCAAGUUGAAAAUGAGAAGAUCAAGAAAGUCAUUGAAAACAAUGUGUUUAUCGCCCACAUAAACAGAGUGAUGGAUGAGCGGAGGGAAGAAGUCUUCUCUUUUGGGUAUAAAAUCAGGAUACUCCACUUAGUCCUGAGCAAGACUUUGUUCAAGACAUCCAAAGAGAUCAGCACGGUGUACCACAAUGUAAUCAGCCUUUCAAAGGAUAACAAUUAUGAGUUCGGCCAACGUCUCAAUCGGGAAAUGGAGAUGUUUAACAACAGGCCAUUCACCACUGAAGAUCCUAUAAAUGAGAGCCUGAGUGAGCCAGGUGAGGAAAUCAUGAUGCGUGCAUUCCACCGCCUCGGUGCAUUCAGAGAAUCUCAAGAACUCUCUAAGAAGGAAGGCAAGCACCUCUCUACAGAAAAACCUAUUAAAGAAGAUGAUGAAAAGGAUAGUUUCAUUGACGAAUCCUUUGAGAAAAUGAUCGAUCUCGAGGAGCAAGAGGAGAACAACAAAAGCCAAGAUAUAAAACAGACCUCUGGCAGGCUCAAGCAAUCCUCAAUCGACAAUUUUACAAAACCAGACCAUCCCCAAUUCACUCAUCUUGAUGAAGAGGACGAGGAAGAUCGAGAAGCUAUUGAGGAGAAAAAGAGAAGAGAGGAGGAAGAAAGAGAAUGGCUCUCAAAAUACAAAGAUCCUGAGACUGGAGAGCUCUACAAUCCCCUCAAGAAAUUCGGAGUUCUCGAGAAAGACUACCUCGUAUACGACAAUGCGACCACCUCGUACCCCCUCAACCUACCUGUGGACUACUACCAGAGGUAUGUAAAGUCGACCAUACCAAAGAAGAAGGAUGGGAAGUGGUUUAUCAGACCACAUCACAUCGAGAAGCUAACCACACAUGUAAAAUCCAUCAAAGAUGAUGUGCUCAAUACCAAUUACUACUCUCACUAUCACGAUGAGAGUAAGAACAAGAUGAAAGCAGACGAAACAGCUGAAGUCAUCAAAGGCCUCGAGAACAAGAUAGAUCAAAUCAGAGAUUAUGUCAAGAUGGUCAAAAUGAGCAAUGGCACUUGGGAUCCUGAUGAAGAAGAGAUCCUUGCCACAGACCCUCAGAUCUCACGUGAAGCAAGAAAUAGGUAUGAAGAACUCAUGAAAGAAGGUAAAACUGGAAAGAAGAACCUAUACAUGCUCAAAGCUUUCGAAGCUUUACUGUACGAGCAGAGAAGAAUUGAAAAAGAGAUGCUCAACCUCCAAAGAGAUAAGGAAUAUGAGAAGAAUAGACCACCUCAAGAGGGAUGGUACAUGCUCAAAACUGAGGAGUUCAACAAGGAGCUUUACAGGAACAGAAUGGCCAUGAAACCAAACAACCAAAAUAGAGUUUACCUUGACAACUUGAAGGAUCCGUAUCUUUAUUAAUUACAUGUAAAUUCAAUUUUGAA